AUGAACCUCCAAGUGCUGUUCCCUUUGAAUUCGUGGAUGUUUCGCGACGUGGUGUUCCUCUGGAAGAUGCUGAUCCUGCCGAGCGGAAGUGGACCCCCAGAGGGCACCUGGCGGGCGACCGACUCCAUCCUGCAAUGGUCCUGGCGCAAGGAUCACUUCGUGGUGCGCGCGUUCAACAUGGAAUUGGUGCCUGAGGAGGGCAAGAAAGGCAUCGGCGAGGUGAUCAAGAAACCCUUCGACUGGCUCUUCGGCAAGUACAAAUCUCGCAGCAAGGCAGUCAGCGCUGCUAGCGCCAGCGUCCUUGCGGGCUCCGAGAUCCACACAGAGGAUGACGUGCUCUUCCUCGAGCACAUGCCAAACUUCAAUGAGACGCUGAAACCUGGCGAUAGCGAGCUGCUCCUCACGUACCUCACCGCUCCCUACAUUCGGGUGCCGCUGCUUCUGGGGUUCUUUGCCGACCGUGAACGUGUUUCACUGCUGCGAGAGCCGCUGCUGCAGGCGGUGCUCGAUGCUGCUCUCUUCGAGCCAGGGCAAUGGCAAAGCAAGCAGGCAGCUGCUACAGGGCCACCCACAGCAGUGCCAGCACCGGACCGUUCUCACUUGGCCACGCCCGCAGGGCUUCUCUUCAACGAGCUGCUGCAGUCACCCAGGGUGGUGCUGGACACGAUCCGUUUGCUGUUGGAUGUGGCCGUGGAAAAAGAUCCUGGGCACCCCGGAAGCGCGAAUGAGGGGCUGAUUCUCUACCUGGUUCGCCUUGCCAGUCGUGUACAAUCGUACCUGCUCUUCCUGGUGAACCACGCCAGGACUGGAGCUUACCUCGAGAGGGCAGGUGCCCACUGGGAGGCGAAGGUGCGGGGGCUGCCGACUGGAGAAGACAAGGCCGGCCAGGAGGUCUUGAGCUGGCUGCAGGGGCUCCAUGCUGAGCUGCGGGAGGUGUUGGAGGGCAAGGUUGCAGACAUGCUCCUCUACUGGGCAAAGGUGGCAGCAAAAAAGAAGGAGGACUUGCUGGUCUGCGGCUGCAGGGCCUAUGCCCACCUUGCUCUGAUCUAUGGCAAGAAUGGGGUCGAGUUCACAACGCGAAGCGCCGCAAUAUUCCUAGCGGCUCAGGCCUUCCUCAACGUGAACCACAGGUGGUUUGCAAGGACGGAGAAGGAGAGUCCGUCUGCACCAAGGCUUGGCAUUUGUGAGUUUGAGCUCUUCGACAUCUUCGAAGGCCGACGCAGUGUGCUGGCCAAGUGGCUGCGUGAACACACAUCCGAGGCCGAUGAUGUUCUAGAGCGUGUCGAGUGGGUGGCCACGUUCAGAGGCACCGUCGAUGGCCUGGACGCUGGAGAAGCUGUGCAGGGGAUGGAGUGGGUUGAACUUCCAGCUGAACCAGGAGACUACAUUCCAAAGGUUGCAGCACCCAAGCCAGAGUGGCGCCGGCCGCAGCCAAAGGAAGAGUACCAGCGCUGGCUCACGCGGGUGACGAAUGGGCCGAAUGAGAGCAGCGCACAGAUUUCUGUGAACUUGGGUCGGUACAAGGUGAAGGGGCACGGCAUGUCGCUGGUACCACAGUGGGCGGUUGAGAACGAGGAUUUCCAGAAGUCCUUUGGGCGCGCCGAUGUGCACUGCUGCGACGUAGAGGUGUCGGCAAAUCGAGCCUGGAAGCAGAUCGUGGGUCAUCACCAUGACCUUCAGCGAUGGGAGCCAGACAAGCGAACGCCCAAUGAUGACCCGCACAGUUCGCUCAGCGGCCGCGUGUAUGACCCGGCCAAGCUUGCUGAUGGCGAGAAGUGGCUGGCACGUGUCCUUUCACCGCUGCAGCUCUCAGGAGCCCUGCAUUUUCAAGAGGUGUCGCCGGACGAAGCACGGCUGGUGCUUGUGGUGCAGAGCGAGGACAAGGAGAAGAAGUUCAACCAGCUCAAAGAGGUCUUGGCUUAUCGGAAUCCGCCCCUUGCCGAGGUGUACGACAUCGUCGAGUAUGGCCGCCAGUUCUACCCGUCCAUGGCGUUUUGCUCGGACAGCAGAUGGGGCCUGCACGUGCCACAGGAUGGUGAGCAACCUUUGUACCGACCAGAGACUGCCAGUUGGAGCCUGGCCACAGGAAGCACCGACAAGCUUUACCCGCCUGCGCCCAGCAUACUGAUCUAUCGGCAGACGGUGGCCGACGUCGGGCGGCAACUCUAUGUGCCCACGCGCCUCUUGCGUGGCUUGUUGCCCAGUGCUCUGCUUGAGCCGGACGCCAAGCCUAGACCCGUAGGUCGAAUGCCUGGAUACCUUGUGCAGGCCAAGGGGGAGGAGAAUGCAGAGAAGGUCAGCAAGAAGGAGAAGAAGAAGGAGAAGCGGAAAGAGCAAAAGAAGCGCAAGAAGGCUAAGACCGGGAAGCAGAAGGAGCCAUCGGCUAACAGUUCAGAGGACUCCAACUGUGCCGAGCCAAAGGAAGAGGAUGGGCCAGGGAAGUCUGAAAAGCAGACGCCCGGAACUGGAGGCACGCCGCAGGAUGAAUCGGUGGCUGCAGCCGAGGUGGACUUUUUCGGUGCGAUGGGAAAGGAACGCACCAAGGAGGACAAGCUCAAGCCAGAUCCUGACAAAAUGAAGGUCAGCGAGAAGGAGUACAAUCCUUUCCUUCGUGGAGAGGAGUCCAAUCUUCCCGUUCCGGAGUCAGCAAGUGCCAGUUCCAUUCCGAAGCACCUGUGCGUGGGCACUCCUUGGGCGGCCAAGAACGGCUGGAGAGCACGCAUGCAAAACCGCAAGGAUCGAGCCGACGGAGACAAGGAGAGGCACGAGGCUCCACCCACUUCACGUCGACCCGACAGGGACGAUGAGCAGCCUAAACCGCCUGGAGGCCGCGGCGGUGUCAGCGGUGGGGGAUGGCGUGCAAAUGCGAAGGCACGCGCGGAGCGCGCGGCUCGCUCGCCCAGCCGCAGCCCCGCUCGGCGUGGCUCAGCUCGUGGCUCCCGCCGCUCUGGCGGCGCCCGGAGCCGGAGCCGGAGCCGGAGCCGGAGCCGCUCUCGGCGGCGAUCUCGGUCAAGGACGUCUGACUCGUCUUCCAGCAGGGCCAGAGAUGCCGAGCGCCGGAAAGAGCAGGUGGCCAAAGCGGUCCUAAGUCGAGUCAAGGCGCAGGAGGAGGCCGAGGGUGACGAGGGUGAUGCCGACGAGGUCAUCCGCAAGCUGCAGUCCAAGUACAGCAAAGGUACUGCAAAGCAAGAUGGCAAGCCAGCUUCGGCUGCGGAGGAGGUCGAAGAUGACAUCGAUCCCAACAAGCUGGGUGCCUUGGCGAUGGAAGCCAUGUUGAGUGGUGACAUGGCCCGUUAUGAAGACCUGAACCGGCGGCUCGAGAAGCACCAGGCAUCUGCUGGUGCUGGUGAAAGCAAGGCUUUCACCUUGCCGAAUGUCAAGGUUCUCGAGCAGGUCGACGCAGCGGGGCGUAGCAAGAAGCUGGUUGAGUCGGUCCAGUCCACCUCUGUCCAUACCAAGGGCAGAAACAGAAGAGGCACUGCAAACGCGGUCCCAGGUGGUAAGGACAAGAAGGGCUCGCAAGGAUACUACGAGGAUGACGACGUCUCCCUUGAAGAGUUGGUGCGCCGCGAGCGCAUCGAAGGGGUUCAGGACUAUGAUGCCAACUUCGAGAAGCACAUCCUGAAGAGGGGCGAUAAGUUCAAGAUGUUGGAAGAGGAUGAAGACGAGGCCUAUGCACUUGGCUGGUACGAAAAUGCCGACAAGAAGGCGGACUCCAAGAAAGCUGCCGAGAGACGACUCAAGCAGGAGAAGAACGACAAGAACCGAAUCCAGGUCAACCUUGAAAGAUGCACCCUGUGCAUGGAAAGCAAGAAGUUCUUCCGCAAGGAUGCCGUCCUGUCGGUUUCGCCUCAUGCAUACCUGUGCGUGGAGGCACAAGGCCGGUGCAUCGUUCCGGGCCAGGUGCUCAUAGUGCCACAGGAGCAUGUCAUGGCCAUGACCGAUGCGGACGAGGCCGUGUGGGCGGAUGUCCGGAACUAUCAGAAGUGCCUCAUCUCAUUCUACGAGUCAGAGCAGCCACCUCGUGCCGUUCUCUUCGUGGAAUCCUCCGUGCACCGCGUCUCGAGGGACAAGGCGCUGUUGGGAGCUGGUCCCCACUGCUGCAUUGUGGCGUACCCGAUUGAGAUGGGUCUCCUGGUGCAAGCGCGAACCUAUUGGAAGAAGGCCCUGGAUGAAGCUGAGAAUGAGUUUGAAACCACUCACAAGAAGGUCUUGGACACCGAUUCCAAGGGUGGUGUUCGAAAUUCUGUUCCGAAAGGCUUUCCCUACGUCCACGUCGACUUCAGUCUCGGGGGCGGCUUCGCGCACGUCGUGGACAAUGUGGCCGAAUUCCCACGGGAUUUUGCCCAACAUGUCAUCGCAGGGAUGUGCGAGAUGACCAUCCUUGAUCGUGCCUACACGUGCAAAGAGGAGUACAAAGAUGCCUGCAAGGAUCUGAAAGAGCGCUUCGCUGCCGACUUUGACUGGACGAAGGCUCUCGGCUGA